ACCAAAGAGAAAUGUCAACAAACUUUUGAAUUUUACGUUUUAUUUAUUUAUCUUUCGCCCAAUUCAAUCGAAAAUAUGGACUGAAAAUAUUCAAAAGCUAGAGUCUGUUUUUACAUGAUGAUGUGAUUCAUAUAACUGUAAAACUUCAAAUGGGUCCUGUAAAGUCGAAACCAAAGCGAGUAGCUGCAUACAAGCACAAUGAGACAUCGAUGUUUACAAAUGCACUUGAAACUAAGGAGUUUUCCCUAGUACACGACGAUAGAGUAUCUUGCGUGGCUGCAUACAAACCUGGAUGGUGUGUUUCUGGUAGUACAGAUUGUACCGUUGGUGUUUUCAACUUUGAUGAUGGAAAACUUUGUACCAGAUGGAAAGCACAUGAAAAAGAUAUAACCAAGGUACAUUGUGGUUGUAAUCAUGGCCAGAAUACCAUCUUCACUUCAUCUAGAGAUAAAACUAUCAAAUCCUGGUUAAUUGAUGAAAACAAUUCUCCACAAUUACAAUGUGUUUAUCAUGGUCAUGAACUAGUCACCACCACCAUACAUACAAACUCAGAUUGUUCACUGUUGUGUUCUGGAUCACGAGAUAAUAGUUUGAGAAUUUGGGAUGUGGAAAGAGCACAAUGUUUGAAAAUGAGCAUGAUCACUAGAAAUUUAAUAACAAGCUUAAAAUGGUUUCCAAAAGAUGAUCUAAUAGCACAAACUGGAGAAGAUAAAAUGCUAAGGAUUUGGGACAGUCGUUCUGUCGAUGUCGCUUACACAUUUCCACCUAAGCAGUAUUUCGGGACUUGUUGUGAUGUUUCAACUGAUGGUUUCUAUAUUUUGACGUCGUCCAUUGGUUUCAACGGAAGUGGCUGUGAAGUUAUACUGUGGGAUGUUAGAGGGAAACGACAGCUGUAUUCAUAUCUUGGUCACCAACAAACUGUUUCUAGUUGUUGCUUUUUACCAAGAAAUACAGACAUAACAUCAUUACCUUUACUUGUGAGUGUGUCACAUGAUUCAAUAUUAAGAGUAUGGAACCAGGAAAGUCAGAAAUGCUUAGUGGAAGAAAAUUUAGUCGCAGGACCUCUUACUGAUAUUGCCCUGUGGAAUGAUGGAAGGUUCUGCAUUUCCAGUUAUGACUGUGGUAUAUAUCAAUUGAACCUUUCCUACGACAACAAAAUAGGAAUAAAGAUUUCUUGUCAGACGCAUUUCUGAACACGUGACAUUACCGUUAAAUUAUUUUAGCACUAGACUAGUUAGGUGGUUUAUAAAUGUGUUUAAAUCAUAUGAACAAAUUAAUCGUACAUGAAAUUUAUACAUAUAUCUGAA